ACUAACGUAAAAUGAAACACCCCUCCCGCCGCCACCGUCAACCGCCUUCCACCGCCGUCCUCCGCUCCUCUCACUCAAGAAACUAAACCGCCGGUUCAACUAUGGAAGCCGAGGGCAAUAAUACGAUUGCGCCGUUCGUCAUGAAGACUUAUCAGAUGGUCAACGACCCGAGAAUAGAUUCGCUCAUCACCUGGGGACGCGCCAAUAAUAGUUUCAUGGUGGUUGAGCCCUUGGAGUUUUCCGAGAAAAUCUUGCCGGCUUUCUUUAAGCACAACAAUUUCUCCAGCUUCGUUCGUCAACUCAACACUUAUGGAUUUAGGAAGGUGGAUCCGGAUAAGUGGGAAUUCGCGAAUGAAUGGUUUCUGAGAGGGCAGACGCAUUUGCUGAAGAACAUUGUGAGGAGGAAGAACGGGAGGAAUUUAUUGCAUUGUAAGCAUGGCGGCGGGGAUGAGGGAGACGAGGAGGAGGAAGAAGAGAUGUUUUCGGAGAUAAUGAGGAUGAAGAAAGAGCAGAAGGAUUUGGAGGAAGAGCUGAAGAGGAUGAACAGGCGGCUCGAGGCGACGGAGCGGCGGCCGGAGCAGAUGAUGGAGUUUUUGUGUAAGGUGGUGGAGGAGCCGGAGAUUUUGCCGCGGAUGAUGCUGGUCGGAAGAGAGAGAGUGGCGCGGCGGAUCAGCUUAGGCGCCGCCGCCGCCGGAGAAAAGAAAAUGAAGCUUGCCGCGGCGGCGAGUUGUCCGGUGAAGAAUGAAGAAGAAAAAUACGGCGGCAGUGUAGCGCUAGGGAUAAACUCGUCAGUUCACUUGUACGACGCGGAAUUUGAUGUGGAUACGCUUUACCAGUCCUCGCCGGAGAAUCCAUUGACAGCGGGCUGGUUGAGCCGUAGUAAUUGCUCCACCGUUUCUACUACUACGUCGUCGUCAUCCCAGUCGUCCUCCGAGAGCGGCGGCUUCACGGUGGCGACACCGUUAGAUGUUUUUUCCGGUUAUGAUUGUAUGGGUAAUGGAACUAGUGCGGCGACUGCACCGCCUUAUCCCUUUUCACUAUUGGAAGGCAGUAUUUAAGUACAACUUGUUGAUUUUUCUCUUAUAUGGAUAUUUAUUAUUACCUCUUUUUAUUUACAA